CUGGAGGAGUCUAUCCUUGCGCACGGGUGGCCUGAUCUGGACUCGGCGCGGGGCCGCAUCUUCUUCCUCAUGGACGACGGGCCCAAGACCCUCGGGCUGGUGCGCAAUGCGUCCGUGGAAGGCAGGCCUAGUCUCGAGGGCAGGGUGGUGUUCACGCAGUCUGCACCGGGCGAGGCUGACUGCGCGUUCCGAAAGCUCAACGAUGCGACCAAGGGAGACGUCGUCGCGACGAUACGAGAGGAUGUGGCGAGAGGAUAUUGGGUGCGCACGAGGGCCGACAUCCCUAUCGAGACGGUCGUGGGCAAGAAUGUCACUGGGAUGAGGGACGCAGCGCUGCGGAGCGGGGCCCAGGUUGUGUCUACAGACUGGCCUGCGUGGGGGAUGAGUGCGAGGUAUAAUGUGGACUAUGUUGUGGCGCUCGAGGGAGGGAGGACCGCGAGGUGUAACCCUGUGAAUGCGCCCGAGUCUUGUACAGGGCUGCCGACUCUGGAAGCCAAAGGCCAGGAGUUGUAAUGAUGAGAGGGUGGAAAGGAAGCUGAUUGUUCGUAUAUAUAUUGUGAUACCACAGUGAUUCAAAGGAAACCAGGCUCGCCAGGCUGAGCAGGUCUGAAGGACACCGCAUACUAUGUACAGUCGCCUGCAUGGCGGGACGACGUUGACAAGACCAGACAAAUAAAAUUUCCCUAUACAUG